UGCGCCAUAUUGGCUGGUUUACAUGGGGAGUGGAGUUGGACGAGCCGCUUGAAAAACCGAACCAGUUUCUGGACGCGAAGCAUUGCGAUGAUAACAAGUAAAUUAACGCCGUAGGAUUUAUUUGUUUUCUUGAGUGCAAAGUCUUUAAUUUGCCGAAUUGCUUAACAUUUUCCCUGUGAAGAGGUUUUCUCGACUGACUCGAGUCCAAUGGAUCCCAGGACAGCUUGGAUUCAGCCGGAGCAGAAGGGACCUGCCAAUUCCCUGUGGAUGCACAUUUGGGAGACCUCUCAGGGAUUUGGAGCAAACUCCUGCAUCGACAACCACCUUCACCACCAGCGCAACUUUGCGGGGCAAAACGCAAACUCCUCCGAGUCUAACGGCGAGUGUUGCAAAAACGUCACGGUGCCGCCGGGGUGUGUGUUUGGGAAACUGCCGAAGCGAGACGGCGGCGGGGGAGAGAGGGGAAAUGUCCGGAGGAAGGGCUCGCUGUCACCGUCCUCUUCCUCGCUGGACUCGGAGGCCGAGAGCUCCUCGCCCUCCGGCUCCUCUCUGCAAAUCGAUAAUUUGAACGUCGCAGAGGAGGCCAGCCGGUUUUUGCACUACGGCGAGCGCGAGUUGAACGAGAGCAACCUCCGGCGGCAGUGUCCCCCUCCGCCUCUUCACGCCGCUCAGCAACACUGUCGCAGCAUGCAACAAUCCGGCGGCCACACCCCCACGGGGACGAAAAACCAGCACGGGAGCAAGCAGCAGCAUCACCAUCAGUCCCAUUCUACCGGCCGCAGGAGGCAUCUGGACAGAGCCAACACGUUCCACGGCAUCAACCCGCUCCUGUCCCACGGCUGCAAUGGACACCAUGUAGACUCUUCUUGCAGCCUGUGGAAGACCAGGCGGUACAGCCCUGGCAUCAAUGGUCUCCAUGAAGAAAUUGUGGACUUCUUCAACUUCAUGUCACCGCGACCAGAGGAGGAGGCCAUGAGGAGAUCUGUCGUGAACAGAAUAGAAAGUGUCAUCAAGGACAUGUGGCCCACAGCACGGGUGGAGAUAUUUGGCAGCUUCAGCACAGGACUUUAUCUUCCAUCAAGUGACAUUGACCUGGUGGUGUUUGGAAAGUGGGACCAUCCCCCACUGCAGGAACUAGAACAAGCCCUGAGGAAACACAAUGUGGCCGGGCCGUAUCCCAUUAAGGUCCUCGACAAAGCUACAGUGCCAAUCAUCAAGCUUACCGACCAUGAAACGGAGGUGAAAGUGGACAUCAGCUUCAACGUAGAGACGGCUGUUAAAGCAGCACAGCUCAUCAAAAGCUAUCUGAAGAAGUACACUGUUCUGCCGCCUCUGAUCUUCGUCCUGAAGCAGUUCCUACUGCAGAGGGAUCUGAAUGAAGUCUUCACUGGAGGGAUCAGCUCUUACAGCCUUAUUCUAAUGGCUAUCAGCUUCCUGCAGUUGCACCCUCGAAUCGACACGCGACGUGCCAACAUCAACCUGGGCAUCCUGCUGAUCGAGUUCUUUGAGCUGUAUGGCCGCGAUUUCAACUACAUGAAGACCGGCAUCAGGGUGAAAAACGGAGGGGCUUACCUGUCCAAGGAGGAGAUGCUCAAAGCCAUAGGGAGUGAAAACAGGCCUUCCAUGCUCUGCAUAGAAGACCCAAUACAGCCAGGGAACGAUGUUGGCAGGAGUUCAUAUGGUGUUUUGCAAGUCAAGCAGGUGUUUGACUUUGCCUACAUGGUGCUGAGUCAUGGCGUGUCUCCUCUAGCUCGCGCUUACCCCAACAAAGAGUACGACAGUACUUUAGGACGCAUCAUCAAAGUCAGCCCGGAGGUGUUGGCCUACAGGGACUGGACAGUUAAGAAGUGGGGAGCCAAGCAGUACGCCAAGCUCGAGAACCAUGAUGUAGAGACCUGUGAGCGGGACCUAGCCAGGCUGAUGCUGGUUUCUGUGGAGGAUCAGAGAGAUGCUUCCUCCCCCCUCAGUGCUGACUCCCUCUCACCUUCUCCAGUCUUCCUCCCCAGCCCCCGACACCACUCGUCAUCAUCCUCUGCAUGCUCGCUCUCCUCCUCCUCCGGAAGUGACAUAGAGUCUGAUUCUCCCCCGUGCAGUCAUACUGCUAUCCAACUCCACCCCCUAACCCUGGCCUCAGUCCAUUCAGUCAUCCAGAUGGCUGCUGACCUGAGGGCCACUCAUCCAGCAGGCUUUAUCCACACCUCACCUCAGGUGCAGAUGUCCCUCCCAGAAAACCUCACCAUCCCCUCGCUCGCUGAUUGCCAGUUCUACCACGAAAACCCCCCUUCAAUCAGUGUCGUGCAUCGUCACAUGUCGCAAGCGGCCCACAUCUCUCAGCACACUAACGCCACAAGCCCUCUCCCCAGCCCCCUCCACCAGCUGCACCACCCUCCGAUGGGGGGGUAUCAUAGCCACACGUACACCAUGAGAUCCAAUUCCCAUGGCUCACUUGAGCCGCACAAAGUUGGCUUGAAGCACAACCAAGGUGGAAGCCUCCGAAGUCAAACCCCCUCUCACGGUAACUACAGUCCCCCGCGGCGGUUUGUCCCCGAGGGUCAUAACACGGCACCGGGUUGCAGGAACCAGCCACAGUACAACCGUAACACCUGGCGGCGCAGGAAGAGGGACAAUCUUCCCGCUCUUAACCAAAGCAGGUGAGAGACAUGUAUGACUUGACUGACAAUGUUUUGUUUUUUUUAAGACCUCACUCGGCCCAUCAUGAGUCUUGGAGUCGAGGCGCUGUGAAGCAUUCAUGAUACAGCUAUUUUGUUUUUUGUUGGAGGCUCCCAGAAACACACCUACUGUGUCCUGGAAUUCACAAGUCAGUUGAAGUUGUCUCCAAAGGUGUCGAAUGAUUGAUCCCUGCUAGCUCUUGUGCAAGCACUAAGUGAUGCUGCAAGGCUCUUGCAGGUGAAGGAAGACUGUAAAAGGCUUAAAAAGUCUUAACUGUGCUCAUUUUGUGAACAUCGGUCUGAUGAAAGUUAGAGGCCCUUCCUCUAAAUUUCAUGCGCACCAGCACGGACUUUGAGUUGGAUUACUGAUUCCCACACCGGGUCUGGCUCUUCUCCCAGUGUCACUUUCCAGCAGCUGAAGACUCUAAAAAGUUCGGUCAAGUAUUGAGUUUCCAUGCAAUUUGAAAACCUUUUUACGAAGCAACAUCGUGUGCCAUAGUAUCGAACUGAUUAGCAAACCUGGUCUCUCUUGAAGUUUUGACUCUUAUUGGGCCUUUUUUUGAGGUUUUGGCCUCAACUGGUCUUCUGAAUGCAACUCCCUAUCGGCUACGGUUAUGAUUCGGAGUUCUAACAGCUUGGACUAUCGUCCACAAAUUGUACUCUGGACCGGAGCGAAGCACUACCUUUCUACCUAUGCAGCACAACGCUGACUUGAUGGUUUUUGGUGUGACUGCACAAAACGGACCUUGUCUCAAGUGCUUAAACUGUGAUGACGUGUCUGAAUGUACCAAAUGUUUCUCUCCUGUCUGUUGGUCAUUUGUUCUCUUGUUUUUGUCACUUAGGGCUUUUCUUUUUGUUCACAUUGGCACUACUAUGUUUUGUAUUGUGAACAUUGCCACCUUAUUUUAUGUUCAUGUGCAAUAAUUGCUUUUAUUUAAUUUGUCACAAUUUUGGUUUUAUUUUAGUGGUUGUCCCACUAUAAUUUAGCUUUUUAUUUUUUUAUUUGUAGACAACAUUUAUCUGUGCAAUAGAUGGAUUUAAGGGCCGUGUGUGAGAGAGAGUGUGUGAGAGAGUGAGAAUGUACAGCUUUCCAGCAGAAGGGGGAGCUAUGGCAAAGCAACAUGAGAAAUGUGCCAAAAAUGACAUGAUUUACCCAUUGCAUUAUGAUCACUUGGAAUUUUGCCAACUGCCUGUCCAAAUGUUUUAUCACCACUGCCCAUAUCACUUUUUUUCUGUAGUUAAAAUUUUAUUUGGGUGUAUUUUCUCUUGAUGGACCGAGGCUGUACUGGAGAAAUGCACUUUUUUUUUUUUUUUUUUUUUUUAAGCAGGGUUUACUCGUGUCAUUUAAAAACUAGUUGGUGCUACUUAUUACCAGCAAAGUGCAUUUUCUGCCUUAUAUCUCCCUUUUGAUUCUGUUGAAGCAACAGGUUAACUGCCUUCUUAAAUGACCAAAUUUGCCCUUUUUCCUGUAUGUAGUCAUCUUUCUGUUCUAUUUGUUUCUAUAAGCACUGCCAGGUUUACUUGGCUUUUAUUUUUACAACCAGCUUCUUAUGUUCCAGGAGUAGAUUCCUACUGCAGUCAAUGAUUGUUACCAUUAACAUCAUGUCACAUUUAUUCUUUUUUUUAAUUCAAAGGUCAUAAUUAUAAAAGGCAAGAGGUCCUUCCUCUCCCAUAUUUAUAGUCAGCGUUUCUACAUCUUGUCAGACAAGGUGUGAAAGCUCCAUAAUUUACACAGCAAUCCAGAAGGGGACUUGUGUCUGGGAUGUCGCAGAUUCACCAUUACUGACUGUUUUGGUGGCGCCGUUAACCAAACCACAUUUGGUUGAUGGCCGUGUGUUUUUAGAAGUCUGUGAUUAUUGUAACACCCUGCACACCAAUAUGAUGGACUCGACAUGACACUGUUGGCAUUAUGCUGUUGUUUUAUCAAGCCCUCUAGAGGAUGAUCGAUGCAUUGUUACAUCAUAUUGCAACAAACUAAAUCCCCAGCUCAAAUGUGUGUCGUUGAGGAUGGAUUGCUAUGUGUAAAUGACUGACUUAUAGAUGCAUACCUUGGUUUUUUUAUGUAAGUUUUUCUAUUUUUUUAAUAAACCUUUUAAAACUCCAUUUACAGUUUAGUGUGUGUUUGCAAUGUGUUAAGUCCACUCUUGUACAUUUUAGCUUAAUCUUUCUAUAUGGAUAAAUAUGAAAUGUCCAUGUAAAGCAUAAAUAGUGCUAUUGUUCCGAAGUUUAUUGAGAGAACUUUCUACUUUUGGUAUUUAUUUAUACAGUUUCCAUUUGAUUGUCUCUUGCUGUCUUGUUUGCACUAAGGAGAGAGUUUUUCUGACUAGUUCUUGAGUAGUGCCACAUAGCUACCGACAUUUUCAGAGCGCCUCGUUCUUGAUCAUGCUGUACUUUGGGUUCAACACAGUAAGGGACACUGAGGCGCGCACCCUCACUCAUCUGGUGUGUUGUAAUUCCUCCUGGUCUCUGCUGGGGGCACUGGUGGAUCAUUGCUCGGUUUAGCUGAAUCUCAUCCAUUACCUUUUCAGAUUGUCAGCUCGGUGCAGGGAAGUAGAAUGUGACGGAGAAGAGGGGUUCAACAAAAUCCCCUGAAAGUUCAAUCAUCGGAGGGUUAGUGGCUGGAACGGUUGUCAUUUUAUU